AUGGCAGGGCUGCAGCGAGGUGGAGGACCCCUCUGGGCGCUGGGCGGCACCACGCUGGGGGUCUGCCUUACCAGGGUCGCUGGGCAGCUGGUGGAGCCCAGCACGGCCCCGCCUAAGCCCAAGCCGCCCCCGCUGACCAAGGAGACGGUGGUGUUCUGGGACAUGCGCCUGUGGCACGUGGUGGGCAUCUUUUCGCUCUUCGUGUUGUCCAUCAUUAUCACCCUGUGUUGUGUCUUCAACUGCCGUGUGCCACGGACCCGAAAGGAGAUUGAAGCCCGGUACCUACAGCGAAAGGCAGCCAAGAUGUACACAGACAAGCUAGAGACCGUGCCCCCCCUCAAUGAGCUCACAGAAAUCCCUGGAGAGAAUAAGAAGAAAAAGAAGGACAGCGUGGACACAGUGGCCAUCAAGGUAGAGGAAGAUGAGAAGAAUGCAGCCAAGAAGAAGAAAGGAGAGAAAUGA